GGGGAGCCAUCUGGCUCAGCUGCUCCUCGGAGCUAAUGCUCUUCAGAGCCAUCCCAGAGCCUACACUGAGCCCCUGCCACUGCAGCCCUGCGGUCCUAAAGGCAGACAUGGGGGGUGCGUGGGUUGAGGGGGACAUGCUGGGAAGCACUGUGUAUUGGGAGCCUUCUGUUCCCAUCCAGUCAAGGACAUAAUGGUUCUGAAAUGCUCACCUGGAUCUCUUAUGUUCUGUGAGCAGUGUGUGCUUCCAACACCCCCAUUCUGUGCCAAGUCCUGCCCUAAGGAAAGUCGAGGAGUGAGGUUUGUGCCCUGCUCAGUGCUGUACUGAUCCCUCAUGGAUGCAAACCCUGCAAAAGGAAUUAUACAAGAGCUUCUCUCUCAGCUCUCCCCAAAUUCCCCCAGAGCACUGAGGCAACAAUGUGGCCCCUUGUCCCAGUGCCCUAAGCCCAGCUCAGCACUUUCGUAUGGGCAUGGACCCCUAUUUUACACCAAACCCUGCCCUGGGUUGGUUGUGACCAUGGCAGUCAGUCUCUCUCUGUCUCAGUUUCCCCACUUACAAAAUGGGUGCAGCAGUCCCCAUCCCAUAACACACACAUACACAUCACUAUCAGCACACCCUGCAGUGCCCUGCUGCAACAACUGGAGACGUCCCAACAAGUUUCUGCAGCUCUCCUUUGCCCUCGUGCUCUCCGCACGGGGCUGGGUGGGUGCUGGGGGCUGCGGGAUGGGGCUGAGCAUCGCGCUGCAGGAGCCGUGCCGUGGAGAGGCCGGCAGCCCCGCUUAGGACCCUGCACGCUUUGGGUUUUCCCAGCUUUUUCCUGGAGUCUCUGAGUGAGCGGGGAGGGGCCGAGCUCGCAGCUCCCCAUAAACCUGGCCGCUGCGCCCACGGUCCGGGCAGAUGUGUGGACUCACAGUGUCCCUCGGAGGCUGCAUCCCCCUGUCCUUAAAGCCCCGUGUGGCUCAGCGCAGCCUUCCUGCCCUCCCCGCAGCUCUGAGAUUCCAGACUGGGACUUUGGGGAAAGAGAGGAGAAAGAAAAAGAAAGAAAAGAGGGGGAAAAAAGCCAUGGUGGUGUGGACUGGGCGAGAAAUUCUUCGGGAGAGGACGGUGAGAAAAGGAAAUAGCGGCUGUUCCCCAAAGGGUGAGGACGGGAGAGCGACACAGCUGGGCUUGAACUUUAGCACCCUCUUCUGCGGGAGUGUAAGUAAAAGGAUCGGCUCAUCCUGAGCCAGCACGGCGCUGGGGCGGAGUGGGUUUUCUGUGCUGCUUUGGGAAGAAAUAACAGGGGAAAUAAAAAACAAAGAGAGAGACGCGUUGAGAAGCCCAAAAGUGCUUGUAGCGCUCCCUGAGUUGCUUUGGGGCUGUUCCUAAUCACCACGCGAGGGAAGGAAAGCCGUGCAUGUGUGUUUGAUUGGAGCGGCGCGAUGCUUGUUUUCUUUCGACCGAUUGCAACCCAGCCCCGCCGCGCCGGGCUCUUUGUGUGCGUGUGAGUGAGCCUCGAUGGGAGCUCGAACCGCUCAGCUCCCACCCACCAUCCCCUGAGCUGGGGGCUGUCCGAGGAGGGGACAACACCCCCACGUGUCACUGUGAUGCCGGGGCUGUAGGGCAGCUCGCACAGCACGCAGCUCUGGGAUGGCUGUGUACGCCCUCACCGGCUUCUCGCUGGUCAGCCUGCUCAGCUUUGGCUAUUUAUCCUGGGACUGGAUGAAGCCUGGCUUGGUGGCCGACGUGCCUACGAGCCCUAUGGAGAAACCGCUGCCUCCUGCCUUCACCCGCCCGCCACACAUCAUCUUCAUCCUGACCGAUGACCAGGGCUACCACGACGUCGGGUACCACGGCUCUGACAUCCAGACACCCACCUUGGACAGGUUGGCAGCUGAGGGUGUGAAGCUGGAGAACUACUACAUCCAGCCCAUCUGCACGCCGUCCCGCAGCCAGCUGAUCACCGGCCGGUACCAGAUCCACACAGGGCUGCAGCACUCCAUCAUCCGCCCCCGGCAGCCCAACUGUCUGCCCCUUGACCAGGUCACCCUGCCCCAGAAGCUGCAGGAAGCCGGUUACUCCACGCACAUGGUGGGCAAGUGGCACCUCGGCUUCUACAAGAAGGAGUGCCUGCCCACCCGCAGGGGCUUCGACACCUUCCUGGGCUCCCUGACGGGCAAUGUGGACUACUACACCUACGACAACUGCGACGGGCCGGGUGUCUGCGGCUAUGACCUGCAUGAAGGGGAGAAUGUGGCAUGGGACCAGAGCGGGAAGUACUCCACCUUCCUCUAUGCCCAGCGUGUCAGCAAGAUCCUGGCAUCACACAGCCCCAAGGAGCCCAUCUUCAUCUACGUGGCCUUCCAGGCAGUUCACACUCCACUGCAGUCGCCCAAGGAAUACAUCUACCGCUACCGCUCCAUGGGCAACGUCGCUCGCCGCAAGUACGCGGCCAUGGUGACGUGCAUGGAUGAGGCAGUGAAGAACAUCACCUGGGCUCUCAAGAAGUAUGGCUAUUAUGACAACAGUGUCAUUGUCUUCUCCACGGACAACGGUGGGCAGACGUUCUCUGGGGGAAGCAACUGGCCGCUACGGGGCCGCAAAGGGACAUACUGGGAAGGGGGUGUGCGUGGCAUCGGGUUUGUCCACAGUCCUUUGAUCAAGCGCAAGCGACGGACCAGCUGGGCACUGGUGCACAUCACAGACUGGUACCCGACCCUGGUGAGUCUGGCCAGGGGCAACCUGAGCAAUGUCCCGGGCCUGGAUGGUUACAACGUCUGGCCUGCCAUCAGCGAGGGGAAGGAGUCACCGCGAACUGAAAUCCUGCAUAACAUUGACCCCCUCUACAACCACGCCAAGUAUGGCUCCUUGGAGGAUGGCUUUGGUAUUUGGAACACGGCCGUGCAGGCCUCCAUCCGCGUCGGGGAGUGGAAGCUCCUCACUGGGGACCCGGGCUACAGUGACUGGAUCCCCCCGCAGACACUGACCAACUUCCCGGGCAGCUGGUGGAACCUGGAGAGGCUGACCGACGGCUUGAGAAAAUCCGUGUGGCUCUUCAACAUCACCGCCGACCCCUACGAGCGCUAUGACCUCUCGGAGCAGCGCCCCGACGUGGUCCGAGCUUUGCUGACCCGCCUGGUGCACUACAACCGGACGGCCAUCCCUGUGCGCUACCCCGCAGAGAACCCCCGUGCACAUCCUGACUUCAACGGAGGUGCCUGGGGGCCUUGGGCCAGCGAGGAUGAGGUGGAAGAGUGGGAAGGUGGUGGUGGAGAUCCCCCCAAGAGUCGGGGCAAGAAGAAGAAGUGCAAGAUCUGCAAACUGCGCUCCUUCUUCCGCAAGCUGAACACCAGGCUCAUGUCCAACCGCAUCUGAGCGGAGGGUCCCCAGCAUCGAUGCAG